AUGAACCCGUUUCAGCAGUACAUCGAGGACAACCAGCUCAACCAGCUCAACCAGAUCACGACCGUAGACACGAUCUUCUUCUGGAAGAUCAACUCGGACUUCGGUGAGUUCUGCCAGUGGUACAGGUCCGACUUCGUGUGUGACGAUGAGGCUUUUGCAACUGCGGAGCAAUACAUGAUGUACAAGAAGGCCAUCAACAUGUCGGAGAGGAUCCUGCGCUCGUCGUCGGCCAAUCCACGCAAGCACAAAUCGAUGGGGAGGAAGGUCGCGAACUUCGACGAGGUUAUCUGGGAGUCCAGGAACAUGAACGUGGCGAUCAACGGCAACUACUGCAAGUUCGCGCAGAACACUGACCUCAUGAAGCUGCUCCUGGGCACCGGGGACAAGAUGAUUGUGGAGGCCAGUCCUAUGGAUCGGAUCUGGGGCAUCGGCUUCGACUCGACGCUCGCCAUGUCGAACGUGGGGAGAUGGGGUCAGAACAGGCUGGGAAAGAGCCUCAUGACGGUCAGAUCUAUGAUCAAGGACGUGCUCACGAAGAUGCCUCCUGGAGUUCGGGUCCAAGAUCCCAGUCGACCAACGUCUCAUCGCCCUCUGCUAUCACUGUUUGUCGACGACUACCAUGACGCCUCCAACUGA